AUGGGAAAUUUAUGUAAAGCUCAAUAACUCACUUUAACUACUGAAGUUUGUGAUGAAUAUAUUGGUCAUUAAACUAUAAUGUCUACAAAAAAUAGAGCCAUUUUUAACGAGACUUACAAGCAAGAGCAGAAUGAAUCAAUCUAUAAACUACAGUCUUAACCAUUAAUCACAUAGCUUCCAUUCAUUAGUCUAGAUUUAAUUGAGCCCAAUCAAUUUAUCCCUUAAAUCAAAGUAAGCAGAAGAACUCUCAGUUUUUUUACAGAGAAAUCACCCAAGGAAGACAACAGAAGCAGGACUACUUCUCAAAAAAUAAAAAUAGAAAAUUUCUCCAAUUCUAAUCAACCAAUCAAAUCAUCACUUAAAUCACUAAACUCAAAAUAAGGAAGCUCAUAAAAAAGUUAAAAGUCAGUAAGAUGGGGAAGUGAUUUAAGUGUCAUUGUUAAAUUAAUCCAUUACUAAAAUUAAUUAGCUUGA